AUGUCUGGGAUAUGCUUCCUCGUCUUAUCCUUACUAAUUACCAGAUGUUUCGCUGACCUGAAACUUUGCAAUGAGAAUGAAGUGACCUACAAUAGUACUCCAUGUGCUGCUGAUGGAAGCCAUUUUAUUAUAACAUUUCCGAAGGAUCCCAGGAUGUGUCAUGUAGAAGUAGGACCAAAAUUCGUAGAAGACUGUACUAUUACUUGCAAACCUGGAGAGUAUCUGAAUGUUGAAAAAAAUACAUGCGAAAGCUGCCCUGCUGGAACUGCCGCUCCAGGAGAUGUUUUUGUCGUUAAUUCGUGGCCUAAGAUGCCCAGCCAGUUCUAUUCUGAUAUUAUUUCUACUGGAGUAUUUGCCAAUUGUUCGCAAUUUGGCUGGAAACCAGAAAAUACGCACAUUUUAGGAACUGCAAGCUCGAUGUGCGGUGCAGAAUUGACUCUAGAGAACAAGAAUAUCAGGAACGGAGAAAUUACAUUUGAAUACAAAAUGACCGAUCUUUAUGGUUUAGCCUAUUUCACUAUUCGAAAUCAACGCUGUGUUCUUGAUGGCGGCACUAGUCAUAUCCUUUCACCAAGUCCAAAAGAUGAAUGGAGCAAAUUUACUCUCGAUGUACCUGCUGGGACCUCUACAUUGCAAUGGUACCUCUUCUCCGAAAACUACUUCGAUAUGAACUCGGUUGGCAUUCAGUUUAAAAUCAGAUCAAUUAGAGUAACCGGUCGGGCUGCCACCCUUAAUUGUCUCGAAUGUGGGCCCGGUUUCUAUUCCGAAGGAAGUGGAGCCGACGAAUGCAAAAAGUGUCCCAUUAAUACCUUCUCAGGGAGCCGGGCUAAGAGCUGCACCUCUUGCAAACAUGAUGAGUAUGCAAUUCCGGGUUCAAGUUUUUGUAUAUCCAAAAACUCUUGCAAACCUACAGAGUAUGUAACCGCUUUCUCCGCAUGUGAUCCUGCAACCGAUACAGUAAGUUCUUCCAUUUGCUCUUUUUAA